AUGUUGCGACUACUGCACCGCAGUAUUUCUGACACCAACACGUCAGCACGGAGACGACAACACUGCUCACGACUUCGCUCUCCUACAGGCGGGUGUGAGCCGAGCCUUCAGUGUGCGUCAUCGCUUUCAAGGGAGCAGUCGCUAGUUAAUGAGGCGAAGCAUGAAACACUGGCAGCUCCUGUCACCCACUUCAGCCUAGAGAGUGUGACCACACUCUGGCAAUGCGUUCCUGCCGCAUUAAAUAGGCCUAUUAGGCAUGAGUCGAUAUGUUGCGACUACUGCACCGCAGUAUUUCUGACACCAACACGUCAGCACGGAGACGACAACACUGCUCACGACUUCGCUCUCCUACAGGCGGGUGUGAGCCGAGCCUUCAGUGUGCGUCAUCGCUUUCAAGGGAGCAGUCGCUAG